CUACUGCACCUGCUGUGCCUGCUCCACUGCAGCUGGCUAAGAUGGUGAAGGAAGACCUGGUGCUGGACAGGCUCUACCCCGUCUUAACGCCCCAAGCUUCUGAACUCAUUUCCAGUUACGAUGAACAUGCUUUGGUGAACAGCUUCAAGUUCGGCGUGAUAUACCAGGGCCCUGGCCAGACAACCGAGGAAGAAAUGUUCUGCAACCGACAAACUACGCCCGCUUUUGAUCAUUUUCUUUCUCAGUUGGGACAGAGAAUUCAACUCAAGGACCACAAGGGAUACCGAGGAGGCCUGGACACGCAGUUCGGGCAGACAGGAGUGGAGUCAGUGUACGAAGUGUUCAGAGAUAAGGAGAUAAUGUUUCAUGUCUCGACGCUGCUGCCCUACACGGAGCACGACAGUCAGCAGCUGCAGAGGAAGCGACAUAUCGGAAACGACAUCGUGGCUAUCAUAUUCCAGGAGCAGAACACGCCCUUCGCGCCCGACAUGAUCGCCUCGCACUUCCUGCAUGCGUACAUCGUGGUGCAGCCGCUCGAACCUGGAAACCCUUACACUAAAUACCAGGUAAGCGUAGCUGCCCGGUGCGACGUGCCGUUCUUCGCGCCGACGCUGCCGUGCCCCGCGGUGCUGGACGCGGGCGCCGCCUUCAAGGAGUUCCUCCUGACGAAGCUCAUCAACGCGGACCUCGCCUGCCUUAAGGCCAAGAAGUUCUCCAUGCUCGAGACUCGGACGCGCAAGUUGCUGCUGUCGUCGCUGGUUGAGGAUCUCAGGCUCAAGAGCAACGAAGUUUUCCAGAUGCCUUCAGAGGCAGAAGCUGCUAAAGCGGAGCCUUCCGGAACCAGAUUUUUCGACACGGUGCGCAAAGUUUUGAGCGCCACCAAAAAGCCCGAGACCGCCGCCCCCCCGAGUGGACCGAACUCCGGGUCCACCAGCGGCAGUGGCCCGGGGGCGGCCCAAGGUUCGGGGGGCUGUCUCCCCUCUGGCGCCAACGGCAACAAGAAACUCCCCGUCAACGGCACCUGUCAAUCUGACGGAACACCUGUGAGCACCCGCAGCGGGGCGGGGCUUAGCACCAGCGGUGGAGGGAGCAGUGGGGGCAGGACCCCCUCCUCAUCCCCCUCCUCCACCCCCCACACCACCCCCCACACCCGCAAGGCCUUCAGUGAAAGCGGCGACGACUCGAGCUUCAACUCCAUCGACAUGGACGGACAUCAGGCCGUGCUAAACGAAGACUCCGACACCGGUCUGGAGUCGAUGUCGAGCGCGGAGACCGGCCACCAGCGGGCGCUGGAGUCGCGGGCCGCGGUCCUGGACUGCCCGAUGUGUGGCGGGGUGCAGGACGGGCUGGUCUGUGUGCUGCACGCCAGCCCGGAAGUUGUGGCCCGGCGUGUACAAGCGCUCAGUGAAGAUGUCAAGAAACUCAAGGGCGACAAGCUGGACCUCUUGAGACAGAAUGUGUCUCUGCAGCGCGACGUGAAGCGCCUAAAAGAGAAAGAUCUUCGUCAGGCCAGCGAGCUUUCUUCCACUAACCGAGAGAUCGCGAGGCUGCAAUCGCUGCUGAAAGAGUUCACCACAACCAAUCAGGUCUCAGCUGUCUAGUGUGGUCGCCUGCUAAGCCACAAAACGAAUUCACGUUUGUGUCUGUGUGAACUUUUCAGCUUUUUUUUUCAUUUUUGUGUUGGUGUUUUGAAGGUCGUGAACUGCAAGUUAGCUUAGUGAUCGCGUUACUAAUCAGUUGUCGGAACAAUGAUGCUCCGGCUAUCAAGUGUUAGCAUUCCGAGGUAGCAACAACUGCAUUUUCUAUAGUCAGUAAAAGCAGUUGUGGCUUGCGAUAAGAAUCCUACUUUCAGUCGAAGGAUUCUCUUUUUUGAACUUGUGAAGUGUUCAAGUCUUGAGUUCAUUCAGUGUUUUUUACCACCUACUUUCAUAAUAUUUGUCAUCAUUAUGAAUUGAUAUUUUGCAAGAACUAUGUGCUAAAAGGGCUAAAAAAUAUCGCUUAUUUACUGACGACAAACCCCAAGAAUACCGCAUUGAGGUGGAGGCUGGUUACCAUAGUUACCAUCUCAUGUUGUUUGUGGAAGUAUAAAUCUCUAUGUUAUAUGUACGUAUGUUACUUGUUGUCAUGCUGCCAUUAUAAAUGAGAGAUUUUAAUGUCUUUCUUCAAUUGCUACAAGUUUCUAAUUUAAUUCAUAGCGGUGCACUUGGAAUUUAGACGGGGUUAUUUUCAGUCCGUUCUUAAUGUAAGCUAAAAUUGCUUUCAGAAUUUCAACAGAAAUUUCAAAAUUUCCCGUAAAGUUUGAACUAAUUUUACAUUUUAAAACAUUUUUUGACCUAGUUAUUGUACCUAUAUAAUGUCAAACUGAUUUUUCUGCAAGCUAAAAUUGAGUAUCUUUUGCAAUGAAUAACUCGCUAAAGUUGAACUUAAAGUUUUCUUAGCCUCGAAUAAUUAAUUAAAACAAUCUAAUAAAUCAAAGAAAAUUAUCUUAACAUAUCUUGCAAUCUGGAGUUUAAUUUUAUAAAUUUCUUAACUAAUUUUGAACUUCAUAAUUUAGCAUUAACUUAACCCUCAAAUAAAAAACGGAUAAAAAUCAUUCGUCUGAACCAAUACUUUUUAUGACUCGUGUGAAUUUCAUCCGUGUUUUUUUUUCUUUGCAACUUGGUAGUGGUGCAUUAAUGAUUGUCAUGAAGAACUGUUGUUCUGCGUUCUCUUUCCGCCUGUUCAACAGGAUUUCAUCAUCCCUGCCCCUAUGUUACCAUAAUACAUCCUGUGAAUCACUUGACUUGACGAAGGCAGUCGUGGCAAAUAUUCUCGAUACUUCGUUUCGUUUGCAUGCUGUUUUGUACAUAUUUUUUCUCGUUGACUUCAGUUAUAAAUUUUACCGUUUGCGUUUUGUUUCUAUACACAAGGUAAAGGAUUGUUUUAUAGCGAAGCUAGAUCAACAUUGUUUAACAUCCUCUGUCCAAAAAAAAAUUAUUAUUUUUUCAUGGACUGGAUUCAUGUCUAAUUUUUUUUUAUGGACAAUUUCUAGUUUUGCUUGCGAUUUACCGAACUCUUCUUAAGUGGUCACUUUAUUGAGUCCACAUCUGCUUCGUCUUUUCCAAGUGUACGAUUUAAAUGAGUUGUGUCUAUAUUACCUAUUUACUCCUUAUGUAAUUUUUAAUGAGAAUUAUAGUGAGGUGCGUGGGCUGAUGUCGAUUAUUAGGUUAUUGUUACGUUAUGCGUGGUUUCCUUAAUAAAAUAAUGUCUUCAUAUAUCUAUGCCCUGCCACGCUAUCAGUAAAUACCGCCAACUCCCACCGAAAUAUUUCCAUUGUGUUUCUAAGUACUUUUCAUCUUAUAUUCUUAUGACUUCUUCAUUCCACUUACAUUCCUCUAUUCCCAAAUCCAUCGUCUCUUAACGAAUGUUAAAAGGUACAACUUUUCGAGGUAUUUAAUGGACACAAUUGUUUUUUUAUUCUCAUUGUCAGUACCCCCGGUGUAUUUCUCGUUAAUUUUAAAUUCUGUUCCUUACCUUGAACUAAAUGUUCGUUGCUGCUUAGUGUCAUCUGCGGAAAACUUGCGUGCCUCUCAAGCCUAAAAUUCAAACAAUACUGAUGAGUCAGUGGAGCCUUUAACGCUUAACUGCUUUAAAUAACUGCAAGAACACGCCAAAUCAAACCUAGUGGCCUAAGGAGAGGUAAUUUUCACCUUAAAAUCUGUUACUUUCGUGGUAAAUGAGGAGAUAAGAGCUUUCUUUUAUCUACUUUUUCCCCUCUAGAAUUACAGCGGCAGACCAAAGUACCGAAUAUCCUUAGCUCUAUAGUAGCGUUUGUAAAUAAAAGUAUCCUUAUAAUUUAGUACUUCUUUACAAGUCAUGGAGAACAUUAUAUCUCAUAUCGUUCUUCUUACGUGCACUUUUGUUCUAAGCUUAUUAUUACAAAGAAAUUAGCAUGGAACAAAGUUGAAGUCUGCAUCGACCAAAGUUAGUUGAUACGAUCGGAAGUUGAAUCGGGUAUUAAGACAUGAAAAUCAAUUUUUUAUCCCUGCAUUUCUUUUGAUGUGAAAAUUGAAAUAUUGUUUGACAAUCAUUGUAAUGGAUUGUGAAAAUGACCGGCGAUUUUUUUAUCCGUAACAUUUUUUUCAUAGUAAAACCUCAUCAGCGGAUGUUGCAUUUUUUUAAUCCGUUCAAACGAAAAGGUAUGAAUACACUAAAUAUGCCAUGCAUUCAGUUAAUGGUCUUGACCGUUUUGAAAAUACGAAUUUGUUCUAAAUUGGUCUUGAAUGUGCCACAUCAAAAUUUUGAAUUGCUUAGCUGCAAGAAAAUCUGAGGAGAUCAAAGCAAAUCGAACCAGAGUUCAAUUUUAGGGAAAUGAGAGCGGUGAUUAUAGAUUUAAAUCAUAGUAGUGAUGGACUCAUAUCUUCUGUGCAUUUCAAAACAGUUUCGUCUCUAGACCAAAUAAUCGUAGCCUGUAAGUCCCGUACUCGAUUGCCGAAGUUCUAUCGUGUUUGUAACGUGUUCUGUUCUGCUCCGACCUGAUAGAUGUGCACUUAAAUAGAAGUUUCCUAGUGAGACUAUUUAUAUUAUAUACUUAUUUUAGUUAAUAGAAUUUCUCACAAGAGUACAAUAUCUACUCAUGUUUAACUUGCGCAAUCCUCUAAGUGUUACUUAGAUUACAAUGUGUAUCUCUCCACUCAGUUAAAAUCUCUCUUGGAUCCAUUCAUGUCGUAAAAGAAUUUAAAUAAUUUCGAUCAAUACUUCUUGUAGAACGAUGGUUAGUAUUUUCUGUCGAAGUCCGUGCUUUAUGUGUGUUCUAUAAACCCAAUUUGUGUACGGCGUUUGUUAAACAAACAUUAAGUUAAUAUUGAGAGUCCCUACGUACGUUUCUUCAGCAAGUUUCAUACAUUUUAACAUCCAUCAUCUACGAUGGCAAGUUGUAAGAACAAAAAAACUGCUUUCUUUUCAGUAAAUUGUUCACUUCCUUUCGCAUUAUCUUGCACCCCGCAGCUCAUUGGUGAAUGGGACCAAUUAAUCACAAUGAUCCAAAUCUGUACCUUAGAAAUAAAUAUUUUUCAAUCGUGCAGCGAAAGGCGCCUGCUUUAAAAUUAUCACCAUUGUAUUUAGUAGAUGCAAUGAAAUCUUUCAUCGCUAUCUUAAUAAACUGUAUCGCUUACUAUCUCAAUUAAAACAUCCUUAUCAUGUUUCCAUGGCAUCGAGACUCGAUAAUCAACUUUAAUUACGCUUACGACUUCGAUUAUGUUACUGUUGCCUCAAUAUACGGCAACCCCGGGAACAUGUACAUUGUUCAAUUACUGCCUCAUCAUCGCAUGGAACGUUCCUGCGCAAAGUAUAAAUGUUUAGAUGGUCAAAAUAUACGUAUGUAUGUAAUC